AAUGCUAAACAAUCUUACAGUUACUAGGUCUAUUAAAGAAAAAGAGUUGGCAUACAAUAAAUUAGAUAGAUUUAAUCUAAAAGUAUUGAAGAAAUAAAGAGAAAAGUUUAAUUUAAGCUCAGAACUAAAGACGGCAAAGACUUAUUUUAACAAUUAUAUUGAGUCUUUUGUAUAAGUAGUUAGAACUUCAGUUUCAGUAUCCACUCAUUUAAUAAUGCUAAUACUAAAUAAUUAGAGAAUAAGUCGAUUUUGUUUGGAAUGAGUACACAUGUCUAGAUCCAAAAUCUUAUAAGAGCACUUAAAAAUAUAAGUCAAAAGGAUAAAAGAUAAAUUAUAUGAUUUUAUACUUAUGCAUGAUGUCCUACAAGUAAUAUGUAUUAAUUAACUGCUUCCAUUGAUAUUGAACGAAUUAAAGGAG